AUGUCUGACAAUUACGGGAGCUACCAAACUGAAAUCUAUGGCAAGGGUGUCUUGCAGGGCAUCCGGCCUAGCGUCACGACGGAUCCUCGCCUACUGGAGGAACAGGCGCGGAAGGCGCUAGGUGAGCGCUCAUUCAAUUACGUUGCUGGAGGUGCGGGUGAGAAGGCGACAAUGGACAGCAACCGAUCGGCGUUUCGGGCCUGGAAGUUAAUUCCGCGGAUGCUGCGCAGUAUGGACGAUCAGGAUGUGUCCGUCGAGCUUUUCGGGCAGAAAUACGAUAAUCCGCUCAUCAUGGCACCCAUCGGCGUGCAAGGUAUUUUUCAUGAGGACAAGGAAACGGGCCUGGCAGAGGUCUGCCAGGAAGUAGGGGUACCUUACGUCAUGAGUACGGCUGCCACGAGCACCAUUGAAGAGGUGGCUGCGGCCAGCAAGCAUGGCAAGCGAUGGUAUCAGCUUUAUUGGCCCCGGGAUAAUGACAUCACGCUGUCACUCCUAAACCGCGCCAAGGCUAACGGAUUCUCGGUAUUGGUCGUCACGUUGGACACUUGGUCUUUGGCGUGGCGUCCAGCUGACUUGGAUAAUGCCUACGUCCCUUUCCUCAGCGGGGUGGGGUGCCAGGUCGGGUUUAGUGACCCGGUCUUCCGAGAGAAAUUUGAAAAAGAGGCUGGGUGCACCAUCGAAGAGGACAUUCUGGGUGCGUCGCGCGCAUGGCUCUAUCAAAUUGCCGCCAGCGGGCCCCAUACCUGGGAGGAGUUGGCGUUCUUGCGGCAACAUUGGGAUGGGCCCAUUGUUUUGAAGGGCAUCCAGCAUGUGGAGGAUGCGAAGAAAGCGGUGGAAUAUGGGUGUGACGGGGUUGUGGUCUCAAAUCAUGGCGGUCGUCAACUCGACGGUGCCAUUGGGUCCCUGGACGUCCUUCCAGAGAUUGUCGAUGCCGUCGGCGAUCGAAUUACGGUGCUGUUCGACUCGGGAGUCCGAACUGGCGUGGACGUCAUCAAAGCACUUGCACUGGGCGCCAAGGCUGUAUUGGUUGGGCGGCCAGUGAUUUUCGGCUUCGGAAUCGACGGGCGCAAUGGUGCGAAGCAUGUGCUGAAGGGCCUUCUGGCGGAUUUCUGGAUGAGCAUUGGGCUAGCAGGGAUCGGUACGGUGACCAAUUGCGACCGCUCGGUGAUUCGCAGAGUGCAGCAUGCGGGCGACAUAUGCGAUGAUAUCGGCUAUUGCCGAUGA